AAGGUUCGUAAAGAUUAUCUUACGAACUCUUUAUGGAACACGUUUUCUUAUCAGAUAAAUAAUCGGUUUACAACGAAAUUUAAUAUCUUCGUUUUGAGCUACUCGCCUACUUAUAAUGGGGAUUUUAUACACAUUGCUUCUUGUUUCCGCCAUAUAUUCAGCCGAAGGGGCAUAUUGUAAAGAUGGGUACUCUUCUCACGGAGAGUAUUGCUAUGCUUUGCUUCCCUUAAAAGCAUCAUGGGCUGAGGCUCAACAAUACUGCAAAACGUUAGGCGGUUCCCUGGCAGUUAUAGAAGAUGCUGAUGAAUCAAAUUUUGUAGAGGGGAUGCUGAAACGAGAACACAGUACUAUAUCAACGAGUCAAAUAUGGAUAGGCGGCACAGAUUUACUACAGGAAGGACUGUGGAUUGCGCCAGAAACGUUAGAGCCUCUGACCUUUUUCAACUGGGCACCAAAGGAACCCGACAAUUUAGGAGGACAACAUUGCCUGGCUGUCUUCAACAAUGCUGACCUGAAAUGGGAUGACAAUAGAUGUGAGGUCCAGAACUAUGCAUUAUGUAAAUCUGAAGGCGUCACGAAUGAAAAUAUUGUGGGUUAAUUCACAUUUCAUUUUUUGCUGAGACAUUAUUGAAAUAAAUAUAAUCUUCCACUCUCUA